AUGAGUGAAAUAUUUUUUUGUUUUUUUUUUUUUUUAGAUGGAGAAUCCAUUAAGUUGCCGGAUAAUUUGGAAAGCGUACCUAAGGCUGAACAAUUUCCAUCCCAAAGACAUCGAUGGAACACAAAUGAGGAAAUAGCCGCCAUUCUCAUUAGUUUCGAUAAACACAAUGACUGGCAAUCAAAAGAAGUUAAAAUUCGGCCUAAGAGUGGUUCUAUGUUGUUGUACAGUAGAAAAAAAGUUAGAUAUAGACGAGAUGGUUAUUGUUGGAAAAAACGAAAAGAUGGGAAAACAACUAGGGAAGAUCACAUGAAAUUAAAAGUUCAAGGAACGGAAUGCAUUUAUGGCUGCUACGUUCAUUCCGCCAUUUUACCCACCUUUCAUCGCAGAUGUUAUUGGCUCCUUCAGAAUCCAGAUAUAGUUUUAGUUCAUUAUUUAAAUGUUCCUUAUCCCGAUGACAAUAAAUUAGCAGUUAUAGCUCCUUCUCUCGCUGUCUGGGGAGACAAGAAAGAAUGGACAAAAGAGGAAUUGGUGUGUCAACUAAAACCUAUGUUUUAUUCUGAAGAAGAGCGGGAUCUCAAUAAUGAAUUGGAAAUUUCGACGGCUGAAACGGUUGAAGUAAUUGUUAAUCAGUUAAUGGAAAAACAACGAGCUGCACGAGCAGCCACCAUUUCUAAACAAUUGGAAUGUGGUUGUCCAGAUUCUACUUGUGCUGAUAGCAAAAGUUGUUCUCAUCCAAUGAGGAAAAUAACUGCGGCGCAUAUUAAACCCGAAAACAAUUUUAAAAGUGGUCAAUGUAGUGGAAGUAAUCAGGCGUUACCAACUAAUGGUACGAAGGGAUCACUUUCUAUUGGCACGUCAUGCGCUCCCGUUAAUCAUAGAGGAAUUAAAACUGAUAAAAUCCAUUGUGAAACUCAAGGUCAUUCCUCGGUGUUUCUUUCACUUUCACAAAUCAAUUCGCCUGGAGGUUUGUCUUUAUCCCAAAUUCAAGGCGGCACAAAUUUAUUAAUUUUAAACAACUCGUCCUCAGCAGCCGUGAAUUCCAAUCACCCGCCCGCAUCUGUUGGAAACGGUUCAAAUUUUAAAUACAACAAAACAUCAGCAGUUUUAACUUCUAAUCAACAACCGCCCCUUAAACAAUAUCAUCACCCUCGAAAUAAAGUCAUUCUCAAGCAUGAAUCCGCAAAUUCUAACCAGUUAUCCUGCUGCCGUUUGAUCAAUAACCAAGUCACUCGAAAAUUAGACGAUUCUGAUAAGGAUCAUUGCAAUGUGUCGCAUUUUGAAAAUAAUGUAUUUUCAAAUCAAAAAAUUGACGAUGAAAAAAAUCUCGUCAGUCAUUCUGUAGCUUGUUCGAAAUUCAUGAAUUCAACCGAAAAUCCCGGUGAUACAAUACUCAUAGUAAAUUCUUCUAGAAAAAAUCGGAAUAGUUCUUUGUCUUCCUCAGUGUCCGGCUCCAAUAUAUAUAAUGAAACAUUAGAUCUUUCACAAGAAGAUAUUCAAAAAACUCUUUUGGCAAAUAUGCCUUUGUCAGAUAUGUCGUCCAACAGGCAAGCAUCACAAAGUAAAUCUCCGUCUCCUUCCAAUCAAGUAAUAUUACCAGAUGUCGUCGUUCCUGAAAUUAACCCAAUGGAACUUAUUGAUUCGCCUCCGGCCAUUGUUGAUGAUGAUGUUUUUGUCAAUCUGGAUGCUUUUGAUAUUUUAAAUGAUUUUCCCGAAUUAGAGGUUUUAAAUCAAUCAAGCAAUUCGGAAGAAGAUUCGAGGAAUUUGAAAAAUGAAUUUUCGUCUUUUGCUUAUUGUAACGAAUUUCGGGAUAGCUCUGCGUCUAUAACUGAUUAUUCUCCCGAAUGGGCUUAUCCCGAAGGGGGAGUAAAAGUUUUGGUGACAGGACCGUGGUACUCCUCUACUUCCCAAUACACUGUUUUGUUUGAUUCUUUUCCUGUACCUACGACUCUCGUCCAAUCAGGAGUAUUAAGAUGUUAUUGUCCAGCUCACGAAGUAGGCCUUGCAAUGGUUCAAGUUGCUUGUGAAGGUUUUGUAAUAUCAAACAGUGUAAUGUUCGAAUAUAAAAAACCUCCCAGUGAUGAUUCCGUCAAGCUUCUGGAACCGAAAGUGGAAGAAAAUGAAAAUUUACUUAAAUUUACAUUACUUCAAAAGCUAGAAGCCAUUGAUAAUAGACUUCAUAUUAAGCAAGAGCCAUCCGAUUCCGUUGGUCUUUAUCAUCAAGGAAUUGAUUUUGAAGAGAGAAUGGUUAACUAUUGUCAAAAUAUGAUAUGCAGGCAAUGGCGAUCCGAAAGUGGUUCUUGGAACUGGAAAUUAGGACUUAAAGGAAUGACUUUGUUGCAUCUGGCGGCAUCGUUAGGUUAUUCAAGAUUAGUGUGCACAAUGUUGCACUGGCGAGCGGAAAACAGCUCUGUCGUGUUAGAAGCAGAAAUCGACGCUCUGAGUCAAGACAAUGAUGGAUUUACUCCCCUGAUGUGGGCGUGUAGUCGUGGUCACAAAGAAACUGCUCUAUUGCUUUACCGAUGGAAUCACACUGCUCUUCACAUACGUAAUUCCUUACAACAAACACCGUUAACCUUUGCCAGAUCCCAGGGGUAUUUAAGUUUAGUAAAAGAAAUAGAAAAACUAGAAGCGUCCAGAGAAGAAUCCAAAACCUCUCGUUUUUCGUCGUGCAAUAUUCAAAGCAAAGAAAGAUCAGAUCCAAAGUUUUCGGUUCUUCAUUCUUUAUCCGAUUCAUCAACGAUGUCAACAAAUUCAAACAAAACACACGAUGGAAUUUUUCUCAGACCAAAUUCUUUGGAAAAAAUGGAAAGUCGACUGAAAUGUACAAACGGUCUUGAAGUUAGUUCAAACGAACGUAGUAAAACUCCGAGUCCGACUUUAGAUUGGGAACAGUGUGAGCCAUUUGGAUUAAAUAAAAGACCAUCUGUUGAUUCAGGCGAGGUUUCUGCAGCCGGAUCAAGUUUGAAGAGUCCCGAUGACAAGAGAGAUGAUAAUAAUCUUUCCGGGGAGAAUUUAGACGUUAAUGGCGUUCACGUUGGGAAUCAAGAAGUAAAAGUGCUGACUUUGGCCGAGCAGAUAAUCGCUGCCAUUCCUGAUAGAAUUAAGAACGAAAGUGAAGAGAUGCAAUUAGACACUCGACCAUCUUCUCCAUCCAGCGAUGCACUUUGUGAUUCUUCUUUAAGAGAAACCCUUUCAGAAAAAGAUUGUUCUUCUUACCCUUCGAAUGUAUUCAAUUUUGAAUUUAGCGAUCAUAAUUAUAGGUAUUAUGACGUUGGAACACCCGGUUCUAGUUUGAGUCCAGGUUCGAGUAGUUUACAAUCUCCAUCCCCGGUGUUUCCAUUAGAACCACCAUCUCCGUCUCCGACGACGCAAGAUUUUUGUGAAUUUUUUCAAGCUUCCGGUUCAUUUUUUGAAAAAGAUUUUUCCAAUCUUACUCUUUCAGAUAAAGAGCAGAGAGAAUUAUAUAAAGCCGCAAAAAUAAUUCAAAAAGCAUAUAGAUCUUAUAAAGGGAGAAAAAAAUUAGAAGAGGAUAAAGAAAGAGCCGCAGCUAUUUUAAUUCAAAAUUAUUUUAGACGUUAUAAACAAUAUGCAUAUUAUAAGCAAAUGACUCGCGCUGCCAUGGUAAUACAAAAUGGAUACAGAUCAUAUUGCGAGCACAAAAGAUUUAAAAAAUCUCAGGAAGCAGCUGUUUGCAUACAAAAUUAUUAUAGGCAUUACAAAGAACAAGGGGAUACGAGAAGGAGUUCCAGGGAAACGACACCUUCUGCUGGUUUAAAGCGUACAUAUUCUCAAAGGAGGCAACACCAGGCUGCCUGUAAAAUCCAACAAUUUAUGAGGCAAUCAAAAAAUAAGUAA